GCUGCCACGCCCAACUUGUGGAAAAAAGUUGCUAAAAAAAACUUGGGGAAAAACAGUUUAUCGAGCCGCGCCUGGCGAUUGCGGCGGCGCCCGUGCUUCGCGUCGGCAUGGGGCGGAUGGACGCUGCGGGCAUGGAGUUUCUGCUUGAUGCGGUCGACAGGUUCCCCGUACGAGAGGAGUUCGCUGACAGCCUUGAACAGCCAAAUUCGGCUCCUCUCCUUUUCCUGAUGCAGAACGGGACUGAGAAUCUGGGGGCUGGUGAUUCAAAUGCUGGGUCUGGGUUGGCUCAAAAUGUCGGCGAAGAUGGGAGGGCUGCAGCGCAAGAUGGUGCCCGGCGUCGGCGUGAUUCAUCUCCGACGAGGUCUGCUCAGUCUAUGGACAGAGUGAAUCCAGAGGCCCUUGGCUGGACGAAAAGGCUUCGGCUGGGAAGUGCGCCACCAGACCGGGCACCUGGCCCUUCCAGGAUGAGUGCUCUCGAGCUGUCAACUCGCAAGUAUGCAGAACAACCUGACAAGGGCCUAGUCCGGCCUGAGCUAGGUCUCAGUUUGGAUUCAUUGGGUGAGGCGUAUGCAUGAUUUCUGUAAUCUAUAUUCUUGGAAGAUCGGUUUUGGGAUAAGGUACGGGAAAAGCAGGUUAAGCGAUGAGAGGACCAAAAGCAUGCAGGAAAUCGUUUGUGGUUACUCGGGAAAACCUGAAGCAAAAAACAAUAGGUCGUGCAGAUGCGAGUGCCCAGCUCUAAUCAGACUACUACGUGCAUCGGACAACAAUUGAUACAUCACAGAGCACCGUGAAGGGCACAACCGUUCCAUGUCGCUAACCAUGGGAGAGAGAGUGCACUGGCCGUCUCAUAAACACAUAGACGUGUACACAAAAGGAUUUGAUAAGGCAA